AUGUUUGUUUUUCUUCUCCACCUGCUCGGAUGUUUGUGCAGCGAACAUGUCUUUAUACAAGAGGCGUCGCUACUGUCGCCAUAUGUAGAUGAGAUUGGCAGGUUCCUCAACUGGAAGACAUUUGGGGAGCAAGUAAUAAAGGUCCAUGGAAAGGAUAUGUUUGUACAGUUAGGAUACUCGUCUCCAAAUAGCUCUGGGGCUGUUGUGGCAUCUCACCCCAUAGGUUCUGAGAGGUUUGGGAUGGAUCUGAUUAUUGAGGUGGACUCUGGACAGAAAGGGGACACCAACGAGGGAAUGGCCAUAUGGAUAUCUGAUGAGGAAACGUUUAAGGAGGGGCCUUGUUUUGGGAGGUCAUGUAGUUUCAAAGGCCUUUUGGUUGUCAUAAAGCCCUCUGGAAAGUCUUAUGUUGGGGUGAAGGCUGGUGAUGUUAUGAUCAACACCAGUAAUAUGGCCAAGAAUUUUGACAAGGUUGAAUACAGAGACUUUUCCUCUGGAGAGAAAUUCGUUCUUAGAAUUGAGCAAAAGGAUUAUGAGCUGUCUAUAUAUAUAGGAGAGGGGGAAGACUUCUCUCUUGUGCAUUCUUACAGAUACAAUCUUGUAAAGGAAGGAGACCUUCUUGGGGUUUCUGCAUCAACGGACAGAUCGUCGACUUCAUUCAGGUUGAUUGGAAUUGAAAGUUACCAUCUAAAGAACAUGGAGGGCAAGGGAUAUGCAAAGGAAGAUGUACACAGCGGUGGAAGACUUAUUUGGUUUAUCCUUGCAGUUGUAGUUUCAAUAACCGCAUACUACCUCUACAACAUCCAAGUAAAAAAGGAUAAUUAA